CCGAGUGUUUGCAGAAUUCAUCGAAUAUUUCCGACAAUAUUGCCUCGUGGCUUUUGUCUCUCUUUUUCCUUCAUUGCCCUCUGACCGCUACGACGUUUGAGACGCAGUUUGAAUACUGAACUCUUUUUUUUUCGCCUCUCGCCUUCCGCUGACCGACUCGAUUUCGAGCCCUCCUUGCUCCUAGCUCCCGUCUCGAUGCGGCAUUGGAACGACUUGCACGAGAGCUUAGCUGCGCCCAGCCCGAUUGUGCCUACCGGUCCGCCGUUGUCGUCGAAACAUCACCACCAGAAACACUUCUAUCACACAAUGUCUUCCUCCAAACAACAGCUUCCGUUCUCUGCAAACAGCACGCAGCCCCUCCCACUUCCAUACUCGGGUGAUUCUGAAGACCACGGCCAUCUUAAGACUGACCAGGACGUGGCGGACUCGGUUCGCUGUCUUCAGACUCAGACUGGUUCUGCUGCUUCUGCUUCUGCUUCUGCUUCUGCUUCUUCUCCACCUGAUUCUCCUUCUUCGAGCUCGCCUCCACCUACCGCUACCGGUGCCCGCGAGAUGUUCAAAGCUGGACACCGUCGUCUUCGACAAUUGGCCCAGCGCCAGAAGAAAGACCCCUCCGACCCCGAGACUAAAGCCGAGGAGGACAGAGUGCAGCUCUCCGCCCUGCAGCGGGAGGGUCUCCUUCCUGCACCCGCUGCCAAGAAGUCACACUCCAAGAAGGGGAGUGUCGAUUCCACACCAUCAGACUCCAAGUCUGUUUCACAUGCUAGCUGCAAGUCGAGUUCGCGGCGCGAUGUCGAGCGCAUCGGGCAGCCGUGGCUGGCUGAUCCGCUUGAACGGUGCAUGGCUGAUCCGCUCAUGUCGUCGGGUCGUGUUACGUCGCUGGAUUUGAGUCACUUGAAUUCGUCCACGGAUAGUGCUGUGGCCCCGGAGUCGGGGUCGGGGGCGGAGGAUAAGAAGGCGCUGCCGUUUCAGCCGUUGACUCUGCCGGACUUUAUCGCUAGUGGGAGACUGGAUUCUGCGCAGCAGGCAUUUGAUGGUUUACUCGAGCAGGCUGCUAAAGCGUCAUUAGCGUCGAACGCCUCCCCUAACGAUACGAACAAAGAGUCCAAACCCGCCAACCCAUCCGAACCAAACACGACCCAAGAGCAAAAGAAACCUGAGAACACCGACUCGACCGCGAAACCCAAACCCGCCCCGAAAAACACCCUCAAGCUCUUCCCUGACCCCGUCCCGCCGCGACUAUCGAAUAAAACAGCUUUGCGGUUAUCGAAAGUCCCACCGGCAAAUGGCCCCCAGCGCGCACAAGAAAAACUGCCAACAUUGAACGAGAUUUCGAGAUCAGCAUUACCGUCUCCUACUGUACUGAGCGCAAAAGAUCGCCCUCCGAAAGAACCCAGGUCGGCUCCGGCAGCCACCAGCCAGUUCACCGGCGUCGAGCGAGAGAAAGCACCAGAGAGCACGGAACAGCCCAAAGACAAACAGCCGCGUUACCCGGCUUUGCCUAUGAAUGCUAUCAACGCGUUUCCUCUGCCCGCUCCCACGAGACCUCUGCCUUCGUUGCCCGAGGGUGCCGCAACUGACGCAAAGGCACCCAAGAAAAAGGGCCGUCCCAUCCGAAAUGUGCCCAGCCCUGUCCCUGAUUCGAACCAUUGUCCGACGGAGAUUGCUCGCCAACCGCCAACCCAGCCUCCAAAAUGCGCGACACCUGAGCCGGGUCAGGAGCGUAGUCGUGCGGGAGCCCCUGUACGCAGGGUGAAGGAAAUGGCGCAGCAUCUUGACGUGGCUGCUUCGGGGGAAGCUGAGAAGAGGUCGCGAUCGUUGGACGUCGCUCGUCCAGAGGGACAGAAGGACCAGGCAAAGCAGAAUGUCAGGCGCAGCAUGGAGGUCACUCAGUGGGUUCAUAGAGACGCUGUGCCAGGUCCUUUGCCCACUCCACCACCGGAGUCUAUCGCACGUCCCAGUGGCAGGGCUGUACCUACGAGCCCGAAGCUGAAGCACAGCGAGCCAACUUUGGCGCGUGCGUUCUGCGAGAGUCAAAUUCAGCGAAGCAACAGCUACCGGGAGCCGAUUCGGAGCGAAAAGACGAGUGAGCAGCCCGACGACCUCCGCUCCGAAUACCCCAUCCCCUCUUCAGAUGAAGAAGGCAUCGCCCGCAGCCCUUGGCCAAGUCAAGCGCAGAAGAAGCGCCGACGAGCGAAGCAGCAAAAGCCGGUUGAUCCCGCCCAGUCAACGCAGCAAGUUCCACAAAUCGAGAAGCCCGCACAACGUGAGUCCACGUCGCCGCCGAACAACCGCAGCAGCCGCAGCUUUGGCAGGUCAUCGCCCCUGUCGCAGUACUCCCAAUGCACAUAUCACUCCCACGACUCGAGUGUCGUAAACAUCCUUGAGGGACGCAUUGCGCAGCUCCAGCGGCAGAAUAAGGUCCUCCAAGCCGCUCUUCUGGCGGCCCUGGACGUCGAUAACAAGGGUAGCACCGAGAGUCUCCUCAGCGGAACAGUCGCAUCGUUGCUUUCUGCAUCGUCAGUUUCGUCCAAGACGACGCCGGCUUCGAGCUAUGACGAGCGCACAGAGAAGUCGAAGCGGAGGGAGACUUGGCUGGAUACCGGUAGCAGACGCAGCAGCGUUAGUUCUGCUGCGGAUGAUAUAGACUUUGGGUGGUUGUCGGAUAAGUCGAGUGUUGGCGAUUCACUCAGAGUGCCAUCAUAGUGGCUUUGACAUUCUUUAUUUUUCCUUCUUCUCUUUCAUCUGUAUAUCUAUGGUGGGUUUCAUAUGUAUAUUUAAUCGCGUUCAUUGUCUGUUAGCGUUGAGUUCUGUCGUUUUGUCACUCAUUGUCCAUGAUACCAAUUCUGUUAGUUGUGCAAUACCAUCUGAAUUCCUUCU